GAUGCUAAGGGCCAGUACCUGUUCGACCUCAUCUGCCAUCACUUGAACUUGUUGGAAAAAGACUAUUUUGGAAUUAGGUUUGUGGACCCUGAGAAACAGAGGCACUGGCUGGAGUUCACAAAGUCUAUUGCAAGGCAAAUGAAAGCUCUGCCUCCUUAUACAAUGUGCUUUCGUGUGAAGUUUUACCCACCUGACCCAGCUGCACUGAAAGAAGAGAUAACCAGAUAUUUAGUCUUCCUGCAAAUCAAACGGGAUCUCUAUCAUGGCCGUCUCCUGUGUAAGACAUCAGAUGCAGCUUUGUUAGCAGCCUAUAUACUUCAAGCUGAAAUUGGUGACUAUGAUCCUGGAAAGCAUCCAGAAGGAUACAGCUCAAAAUUUCAGUUUUUCCCUAAACAUUCAGAAAAGCUGGAAAGAAGAAUUGCAGAUGUUCAUAAAACAGAACUCAGUGGACAAGUACCUGCUACAGCAGAACUGAAUUUUCUGAAAAAAGCCCAGAUGUUAGAGACUUACGGAGUAGACCCACAUCCAUGUAAGGACGUGUCAGGAAAUCCAGCAUUCUUGGCUUUUACUCCCUUUGGGUUUGUUGUACUACAGGGAAAUAAGAGAGUUCAUUUUAUCCCUUGGAAUGAUGUUACCAAACUCAAAUUUGAAGGAAAGACAUUUAAUUUAUAUGCAAACCAAAAAGAGGAUAAGAAAAUAAUCCUAACAUACUUUGCCACAACACCUGAAGCCUGUAAACACCUCUGGAAAUGUGGAAUAGAAAAUCAAGCUUUUUACAAGCUUGAAAAAUCCAGCCAAGUUCGGACAGUUUCCAGCAGCAAUCUCUUUUUUAAAGGAAGCCGGUUCCGAUACAGCGGCCGAGUAGCAAAGGAAGUGAUGGAAUCCAGUGCAAAAAUUAAAAGGGAACCCCCUGAAAUUCACAGAGCCGGCAUGGUUCCCAGUCGUAGCUGUCCAUCCAUCACCCAUGGACCACGGUUAAGUAGUGUACCCAGAACUCGGAGGAGAGCUGUACACAUCUCCAUUAUGGAAGGUCUUGAAUCUCUGAGAGACAGUGCCCACUCUACACCAGUGCGGUCAACAUCUCAUGCUGAUGCUUUUGCGACCCGCUCAAAGCUAUCAAAGAGUGAGAGCAGUGAAGGAGCAAUGAUUUUUUCUGAUGAAGCCUACAGCCCAACAGACAGCAUGCUGCCAACACCAGUAGCAGAACACACUCCUGAGCUGCUGCUUUCCAGGCAGCUCAAUGGUGCCCCCUGCAGCAUCGAAGAGGAAAAGGAGUCAGAAGCAGGCACACCUACAGCAUUUGAUGUAGGAGGAGAAUCCAAAGCCUUAAGUCAAGGUGCCAGUGGAAGGGGUGAGCAAGAAGCAGAACAGGUGAAUAAGUUUGUUUUAAGUGUUCUCCGCUUACUCCUUGUGACAAUUGGACUCCUGUUUGUUUUGCUCCUUCUCCUGAUCAUCCUUACAGAGUCUGACCUUGACAUUGCCUUUUUACGUGAUAUUCGACAAACACCUGAAUUUGAACAAUUCCAUUAUCAAUACUUUUGUCCCCUCAGGCGAUGGUUUGCCUGCAAGUUCCAGUCAGUGAUGAGCCUGCUUAUUGAUACCUGAAGACUGCAUCUGCUUAAAAUCAUCCUUGUGGACCGAGGCAUUACCCGCAGCCUGUUCCUAUCCAUGGGACCCACUGUGGCACCAUUGGCACAUAAACCAGUCUUUCAUGAAUCAAAAGAAAUACCUGGGUUAGGCUCUUUAUUUUCCAUGAAACAUUACAGAUGCAGAAAGGGAAAGGUGUACUAGCACCUAAUAGGAAGUUAAAAUGAAUCAAGCAGUUUUCAAAAUGUUCUCCUCCUUAGAUCAACUAGCAUUCUUUUAUCACUUUCAUACAUUAUUGUGCACCAUUUCAUAAUAAAAUCUAGUUGGCUAAAAAGAUAUUUAUUUUAAUAAUACUUAUCAUAUUUUUGUAGACCAUCACUCUGCAAAUGUGGAACAUACUAGAAAACUAGAUUAUAGUGAAUGUUUUGUAAAGGUGCUAUUAAUUAUGCCAUAUAGGACAAAGUCAGACUAUUUUGAUGAUACUCACUUCACAAUAGGUACCUAAAUGCAAAGUGUGAAAACUGCUAGAUUCAACUGCUUAAGCUACUCUGUUGGAAAACUAAUAAGACAGUUGGUGGUACCUUGCUUGAAUGUUGUGAAGUACAGAUCAGUGUAUGAAAAAGUUAAGUUCACUGCAAAUGUCCAAUAUGAAUUUUAUAGCUGCUAUUAAUGUCAGGGUGGGUAGACAGAAAUGGUUAGGCUGUAUACAUAUGUAUCUUUAAUGUAGCACUCACUAAGCACUAAGUCAAAUGCAAUAUGACUUUGUUGUGCCAUAGAAAGUCUGAUUGUAGUGAUACAAAGCCUUGCACCUUUAGUGCCCUGAUGUGCAGUUUUCUGUUAACUCCUUGUUUUAGCAGUAUUGCCUUUCCUAGUUCAUUAGAAGUUUAAGCAUAGCAAGUGGGACUGUGAAUAUAAGUGAUGUGGUUAUAGUUGACGAAUGUACAGUUUAUAACCAUAUCUGAAGAUUCAGUUACAUAAUGUUUUCACACAAAAAAAUGCUGUAAUUUUUUUUGUAAAAAGAUAAGAGACUGUUUUAAUGUAUAUUUUAACAAACAAAUGUUAUUUUGUUAUUAAAAUUAGUUAUAACCUUUUGAUGUCAUUGGUUUUACAUUUUGUUGGAUACUGUUAAUUACCGAAAACAGAAUCUUGAAGUGUGUUCAGAGUGCAAAACAGGCUGUUUGACACUGUAAUGCCUAAAUGAAAGUUAUUUUUCAUUUACUGGGUGUUAUUAUCUGAAAGUAAAGCAGGUAGAAGUUGGUAAAAUAUGAAUGUACUUUGUUAAGAGUGGUGCACACGUUGUUAAAUCUUAUAAUAUAACGAUAUCCUUUAUUAUGAAAGCAAUAGAAAAUCCAUGAAAUUGUGGGAGACAAUUUUUAACUGCUUGUCUGUUGAAGAUAUGAGACAGAAAGGAGAAACAUAUGCUGUACCUGCUUGAUACAUGACAAGUUUAUUCUUCCUUUAUCUCAACACACUCCAGAGUGUCUUAUUUCUGAUUACCAAAUUAAUCCUUGCUUGCCAUCAAAUUGUAUACUUUCAAUGAAGUUUAUAGUUAUCAGAAAUGAAAGACUGCAUUAUAUUUCAAGUUGCUUAAGUCUUCUGCAUUAAUUCUAUUAAUGUAAUCCUGCUUUUUGCAGUUGCAGAGAUGGUGGAGAACAAUUUCAAUGCACGCAUUUUUUGCACAUACAUUUUGCACAAAUUUGCUCCCGUAUAAGCAUAUGUCUCUCAAUUUUCAUGUCAAAUUAUAAUGAAAUGAUUUCUUAAAUUUUGUAUUGUUUUGUUCUAGGUGUGAUAUUUCAAAUAUUAGUUGGCAAAACUUAUGUACGCUUCCUGAUAUUUUUCUCAUUUGUAAUCUUUCACUUUUAUUUUCAUGACAGAUUCAAAAUAUACUGAAAAUAACUUAAUUCUGUAAAUUAAUUUAGGGGCCCACCUUUUUGGUGUUGCUUUUAUGAUGUCCUGGCACACUGACAUACAGGAUUAUUAUUUUUUUAACUUGUAUUUUUUUUAAUUCUUCUAAUGACUACAGAAUUAUUGUUCUGUUAAUAGAACUUUCCUGUUUUUUCAGAAUCCAGGCUAUCGUUACAAAUGGGCCACUCUUAUCAUUGCAAAUGGGGACUAAUCAAAAGCGCAACAAGUGUUACAGGAUAUUCAGUGCAGUAGAAUUGUACUACGGCAAAAAAGAUGAUACCUAUUUCCUUGCCCCAUACCUUUUUGGAAUUGGGCCCACACGUAAACUGCACUUACCUGGUUACCUAACCAGGAAAUGCCUACACCUGUGGUCACUCUAGAGAUAAUGGAGCAAACAGUCCCCACUCAAAAGAGCAGGAGAUAAUCUCCUAUGAUGCUCAUAUUUUCUCACGUCAGACAAAUCUUGGCAAGAUUUUCUUUUGCUUCCAGAUACACAAUAACAAAGCCUUGUGUGAUGGCACUAUGAACAUGCCAAAGGGCUAGUCAUUUGAUGCCAUCAUUAGAAGACAAAUGUGCAUAUUGUUUAGUAAAUGUGAAAUGGCUGAUUAUUCUGUUGAUGAUUUUGGGAAAAAGAGAAUCAGAAGAGAAUGUCAGUUGUCAAUAAAAUAUGGUAAUUAAACUGAUGUCACAUACAACACAAUUUGUGACUGUGUUGUAUAAAACGUACUUGGUUUAGUGCUUCUACCUCAGUCAGUCAGUAGUACACAGUGUUUCUAUGCAGUGAGCGGAAGUCCUAAUAUCAGUGUAUUAUCAUUAGCCAUUUGAGUAAAGAUGCAGCAUUCCCUUGGUUCACAAUUUUAAGUGCACAUAUUUGUUUCCAAGGUUACCUAACAUGGGUGCCACACCUUCCCAACACACUUUAUUCGCUGUGUCCUGAAAAAUAUGUUUGGCCAGGGACAUUCUAUCCUCAUAUCUGCUUAAAAAAGGAUAGCUCUGCUUACUGGUACCUGAAUAUUAGUUUAAUAUAGAUAUACGGACAAAAACAGAGAGUGUGUAAAAAAACAGAGAUGGUAUAUUCAAACUGUAGCAUUAAAAGAACCCAAAAACUAGUAAUUAGUUUAAAAAAAUAUUAAAACAGUUAUGGCCCCAUUGGUGAUGAAAAGAUGCUCAUUAGAUUAUAUAAACAUAGUGUUUUUUGUGAUAAUAAAUUAUUGAUGUUUACUGGUAAGUUCUCCGACUAUAAUACUGGAUGAAAUUGAUAUUUUCAAUACUCCAGCAUUUUCUAACCUUUAUCCCUUGCAUCUGAAAUCUUGUAAGCAUUUCUAAUCCAUUUUAUUAAGCUCCACAAAGAUCUUGAUUUAACUUGAAAUGUUUUAUAACAAAUUGUUGCAGUGUGGAGAAGAGAAUGAAGCACUCUGCUCAGUUAUCGGUGAUGUGUACUUUUAUAAUAUUUAGGUAAAAUCUAUCCUUUCAGAUGUCUUGUUAUAGGAAUGCUGCAUCUUUAACAAUAUUAGGAUCAGAAAACCUAAAACUGUAAUGUAGUUUUCAUUAAAAGGUAGACCAUCUAAAUGCCAAGUGUCAUCAGCCAUCUUAUUCUUCAAAGAAAUGUACUUUUUCUACAUCUCUGACAGCUGCCAUAAGCUUUAUACAUCUGAAAAACUUUUCUGUCACUUCCUUGUCACUGGUGUCAUGAAGAUAUUUUUGAAAUGAAAUAAAUAUUUAGACUGUUAA